AUGGGGCCCAGCAGAAGGGGCCAGUCUUCACGUUAUGACAGCAGCCCCCAGUCGCUGCCGGCCCUGUUGACAGAGGUAGCUCUACCAGCCCUGGGCAUCUCCACAGCCUCGGACUUGAAAGGCGGCCGGCGGAAGCGCACCACCUUCAGCAAGGCCCAGCUGGAGCUGCUGGUCCGCGCCUUCGAGAAGGACCCCUACCCCGGCAUCGCCCUGCGGGAGCAGCUCUCCGGCCUCACCGACAUCCCCGAGUCCAGGAUCCAGAACAGGAGAGCCCGGCAGCUGAACCACAAGAAGAGCGAAGCCGCCGCCUACCCCAAGCCGGCCUGCGGCAAGCAAAAGCCGAGCCGCUGUGGGGGCGGCUGCCAGGAGAGGUCCCGGACGGCGCAGGGUCUUUGGCCGGACCGGAGCCUCCUCCAUCCGCCGCCCGGCCUGCCAGGAGGAAACCAGAGUUUCUCGGGUCAGCCGUCGCCCUGCUCGGGGCAGCCGUACUCGAGGCUCGAUGCUCAUUUCAGGAGCCUGGAUAACGCUUUUGGAGCCCUGGGUCAGACCCCAGCUCACUUCGGUUUGGACUGUGUGGGAAAAGGGGUCCCGCUGGGUGCGGGGAGCGUGGGCAGUCCCCCCCAGCUCUCGCUCCCUGUGCAGCAGGCGCAGGAGUAUCCAUACCUGAAGAAAUCUUUUCCCGAAAGCUACUACUCAGAUGCAGAUGUUUUCCAGUCUUGUAUAGAAGAUCACCAGUACCUGGCAGCUAAAGAGAACAUGUAUAGGAGGCCUGUCUUAAACUACUUGAAUGCUAACCAGGGCCUGGGCGAUGAGAACUACUUGUAUAUCAAGUCCAACACUUCUGCCUUUGGGAAGGGCUCCACUUUCAGUUAUGGUGAAGGGGAAUCGAAGCCCGAGCUUGAGCAGAUGAGGCACAGCCCACCUCUGGUUAUGGCUAGUCACACUAGUCCUCCUUUGGUACUUCCAAAACAUGACGGGGGGUAUCAAGGGACGCUUGCUGCUCCGGCCCCAUCAUAUGGGCAGCAGCUGCUGGAGACAGUAAGUGACUGUGACCCUCACUGGCUGGGCGUGAGAAAUGAAAUUUUGGGAACUGGGUUAGAUUCGCUAUUUGAGAAUGAGCAAAAUGGGGAGCAAAGUGGGCCAAAAAGUUAUCUUUUUGCUUUCGGUGGCCAGAGUUCAACCUGUCAUUUGGGUCACACAUGA